AUGGUUUCUAGCGAUUCUGCAGCAUCUCCCGGCGCAGAACUCCCCUCCGAUUUCCCCACCGCGGAGCUAAUCCACGCACUCGAAGAGCAAUCUUUCGGCAUCUCAAGUUACGAGCUCAGGUCGUUUGAUGCGCAUGAAGCGACUGCGCAGGUCGUGUUUCUCGAAGGACACGUCGUGACAGUGUCGUUGUCCACGACCGGAUAUAAGGCCACGGAGCAUCGUCACGGAAAUGAUGGAGAUCCGUGCUCGACAGACAGGUCAUUUGAGAGCAUCGAAGAACUCAUGGAGCAUAUCAGCCCACGCUAUGUCGAAAAGAGGCGCGAGGCUAUCAUGGCCAGGCUACAAGCGCUAUCCGAGCAGGACGACAGAUAG